UUGUGGAGGGUGCAAGGUGCGCGUGUAAAUAAAAUAACCUAAGCUGUUAUUUAUUACUGUUUUUAUUACUUAAAAAAUGUCAGAAAGACUAAAUGUUAAAAAAAUGAAAUCGUCUGAAAGCUCCCUUAGUAGUGAUUUAAUUGAUUCCGAGAAUCACGAUUCUGACAUUGAUUCUGCAAUUUUCCAACUAGAAAUGGUCCACAUUGAAUUAGAUAAACUGAAUGAGAAAGAAAACGACGAAAUUUUAACAAUAGAACAAAAGUAUAAAAAAUUGCGCCAACACUAUUUUAAUAAACGAACCGAAAUUAUUGAAUCAAUUCCUGAUUUUUGGUCAACUGUCUUUACUAGUCAUCCCGGCAUUUGCCACAUUUUGUACGAAGACGAGGAAGAUUGUUUACGACACCUCCAGAAAUUGGAAGUCGAGACUGCGGACAAUAUUAAAUCAGGCUACAGCAUCAAGCUUUACUUUAACGAAAACCCGUAUUUUAAAAAUGACGUUUUAGUCAAGGAAUUUUUCUACAAACAAGGACAAUUGUCAUCAAUUAGUACAAAAAUCGAAUGGAAAAAACCCCAUCCUUCCACCUCAUCCUCAAAAGAAGGUACUUCGAAAAGCGCUCGGAAAAGGUCGCACUCAAGCCAGCAGACUUUUUUUGGUUGGUUUGCAAAUAAUGAAGACGCUUCGAGCGACAUUAUUGCCGAAAUAAUUAAAGACGAUAUUUGGGUGAAUUCGCUCCACUAUUAUCUUGUUCCGGAUCCCGACAUGGAAGGGAAUAACGACAAGGAAGAUGAUUCAACAGAUUCAAGCUCUUCCGAUUUUGAGGAAGAGGAGAUGUUUGAAAGCAGUCAAGAAAAGUCAACUUUACAACGUAAUGGUCUACCGGCGAAGGGGCCUCGACCAGUAAAUAAAAAUAUUUUUAAUAACUGACUAGCCUUUCCGUCAUUUUGUACACAUUCAAGGUGUUUAUGUAAUAAUUUGUGACUUUAUUAAAUUUUUAAAACAAACAAAAAUUUAUUUAUAAUCCCUCGUGGCUGUUACUUAACCCGCCACUGUUUA